AUGGGAAUAGAACUAGAAUCAGUAGAAUCUGGCGAAUUGCCUCUGGAUGUCGUGAUUGGGAUUCUGUCUCGAAUUCCGGUGAAAACCCUUUUCCGAUUCAAGUCCGUCUGCACAACUUGGGACGCCAUGAUUCCAACCAGUCCGUACCUCGUUUCCACGCACCUCAAAAACUACACCAGGGCCUCCCUCUUGUGCAGCUACCACGAGCGUGGCACGCGAUUGGUUUCACUUUCCCCUGAAGAUGAUGAUCCCGCUCAACCGCCGACCACUCUGGCUACCGGCGAUCUCGCGAGGCUCGUCUGCGGCGCCGGCAACGGCGUGUUACUUCUCGGCGGUCCAAAUGUGUUCCAUCAUGGUCACUACCAUUUAUGGAACCCAGCAACGCGAGAAAUCAGGCAGCUUCCCGACCCACCUCUGGCUCCGGAGCUCGACCCAUCUCAUCCUCUGCAUCACUAUCUCUGGCACUACUCUGAUUACUGUGGAAUUGGGCUAGCUGAUGAUGAUAUCAAAGUCGUUCUGAUUCGUAACUAUGUAUAUCGUGGUACUCGUUACAAUGCCCUCCCACCUUACCUCGGUUACCCCUCACCGGUUUUUGUGUAUACAUUGCGAAGGUUUCUCUACCGUCUCUCUAUGGAUCGCCAUGGGAUUUUCGUGGUGGCGUUCGACAUGGCGAGUGAUGUUUUCCACAAGAUAAACUGCCCUUUCGGCGCUUCUUGGAGUUGCAAUCUUAGCGAGUACGGUGAUUCGUCGAUUGCUCUGUUUCGGCAGUUGGAUAGUUUGAGUGUGGAAGUGUGGUUGCUUAGUAGAAGUGGUGGGGGAUGGUAUUGGAUGAAGUAUUCAAGCCUCGACCCUCUCCCUGAACAAUUACAUGUGCAAGGGUGUUGGAAGGAUGAUCAACUUGUUGCUCAGACUUCGGGUCCUCGCAAGGAUAUGGUAUUGUUUGAUAUGAAUACUCGAGAGUGUAAGUUGUUGAUAUCCAAUUGCAUGCUCGAGCGCUGGAAUGUCUACAAAGAAAGUUUGUUCCGCUUUGAAUGA